CCUGGGCUGGGACACACCUACUCCAACUUUCUCAGCAGCCUCUUCGUGUGCUGUGCCUUCCUGCUCCUUCUCUGCACUUCCCUCCAGAGCCUGUCAGCCGGGUGCUAGUGAAAGAAGCUCCAGUCGGGCAGCCCGCCGGGGGUGCCCUCCCCUACCUGAAGGGCACAGGUUUUGGGAGUUUUUCCACCAUGAUUAUUGCCUCGUUGGGUUUUGUCGUUUUCUUGCUCCAUUGUACAACCUGUGAGAAGCCCCUAGAAGGGAUCGCCUCCUCCUCCGCCUGGCACUUCACACACCCCCUUUAUAAUGCAACCAUCUAUGAGAAUUCUGCUCCCAAGACCUACGUGGAGAGCUCCGUGAAAAUGGGCAUGUACCUUGCCGAGCCCGAGUGGGCAGUGAGGUAUCGGAUCAUAUCCGGAGACGUGGCCAAUGUGUUUAAAACAGAAGAGUACGUGGUGGGCAACUUCUGCUUCCUGCGGAUCAGGACAAAGAGCAGCAACACGGCCCUUCUGAACAGGGAGGUGCAGGACAGCUACACCCUCAUCGUCCAAGCCACGGAGAAGACCUGGGAGUUGGAAGCCCUGACCCGCGUGGUGGUCCACAUCCUGGACCAGAACGACCUGAAGCCCCUCUUCUCCCCGCCUUCCUACCGCGUCACCAUCUCUGAGGACAUGCCCCUCAAGAGCCCCAUCUGCAAGGUGACCGCCACCGACGCCGAUCUGGGCCAGAACGCCGAGUUCUAUUACGCCUUCAACACAAGGUCGGAGAUAUUUGCCAUCCACCCCACCAGCGGCGUGGUCACCUUGGCUGGGAAGCUCAACGUCACGUGGCGAGGGAAGUAUGAACUCCAGGUUCUCGCUGUGGACCGCAUGAGGAAAAUCUCAGAGGGCAACGGAUUUGGCAAUUUGGCGGCACUCACCAUCCACGUGGAGCCUGCCCUCAGGAAGCCCCCGGCCAUCACCUCGGUGGUGGUGACCCCGCCAGACAGCACUGAGGGUGCCACCUAUGCCACUGUAGUGGUAGAUGCACAUAGCUCAGGCGCUGAGGUGGACUCCCUGGACAUUGUGGAUGGUGACCCUGGAAAGUACUUCAAAGCCGUUAAGUCUUACGCCCGGAGCAGGGAGUUCAGUUUGGUGUCGGUCAGAGACAUUGACUGGCUAGAGCACCUGCACGGAUUCAACCUCAGCCUGCAGGCCAGGAGUGGCAGCAGGCCUUUGUCUUCCCAGAUCAGGGGCUUUCACCUCCCCCCUUCCCCACUGACUUCCCUCAAAUUUGAAAAGGCUAUUUACAGAGUGCGGCUUAGCGAGUUCUCCCCUCCCGGCAGCCGCGUGGCGAUGGUGAAAGUCACCCAAGCUCUCCCCAACCUCCAGUAUGUUCUCAAGCCAUCCUCAGAGACUGCAGGGUUUCAACUGAAUGCUCGCACGGGGCUCAUCACCACCACGAAGCUCCUGGACUUCCACGACCGAGCCCACUACCAGCUACACGUCCGAACCUCCCUGGGCCUGGCCUCCACCACCGUGGCCAUCGACAUCUUGGACGGAAACAACCAUGCCCCCGUCUUCAACAGGCCUUCCUAUGCCGGCACCUUUGAUGAGAACAUCCCCCCUGGGACCAGUGUGUUGACUGUCACCGCCACAGACUGGGAUCAUGGAGAGAAUGGCCAUGUCACCUAUUCCAUCGCUCACCCUAAAACUGUGCCCUUUUCGAUCGACCCUUACCUAGGAGUCAUCUCCACCGCCAAACCCAUGGACUAUGAGCUAAUGAACAGAAUUUAUGCCUUCCAGGUACGGGCAUCGGACUGGGGAUCCCCGUUUCGCCAGGAAAAGGAAGUGUCUGUUUCUCUUAGGCUCAGUAACUUGAAUGACAACAAGCCUAUGUUUGAGGAAGUCAACUGCACUGGGUCUAUCCGUGAAGACUGGCCAGUGGGAAAAUCCAUAAAAACUGUGUCAGCGAUAGAUGUGGAUGAGCUUCAGAACCUAAGAUACGAGUUUGUGUCAGGCAACGAACUAGACUAUUUUCAUCUAAAUCCUUUCUCCGGAGUGAUAUCUCUCAAACGCUCUUUUAAGAAUCAUACUGCCGGUUCAUCCAUCACUUAUUCCCUGAAAAUGACAGCCUCCGAUGGGAAAUACUAUGCCUCGCCCACAACUUUGAAUGUUACUGUCGUGAAGGAUCCUCGUUUCGAAGUUCCUAUAACAUGUGCUAAAACAGGGGUGCUGACACAUUUCACAAGGACCAUCCUCCACUCUGUCGGUCUUCCGAACCAGGACCCCAACGACGAGGACUUCCCAUCCCUAAGCGCCUAUCAGAUCAACCAUCACACCCCCCACUUUGAGGACCACUUCCCGCAGUCCAUCGACGUCCUCGAGCGUGUGCCUCUCAACACCUCCCUGGCCCGCCUGGCAGCCACGGACCCUGAUCCUGGCUUUAACGGCAAAUUGGUCUAUGUGAUCGCAGAGGGCAAUGAAGAGGGCUGCUUUGACAUCGAGCUGGAGACAGGGCUGCUCACCGUAGCUGCCCCCUUGGACUACGAAACUACCCGUUUCUAUGUCCUCAAUAUCACAGUGUAUGACCUGGGCACGCCCCAGAAGUCCUCCUGGAAGCUUCUGACCGUGAAUGUCAAAGACUGCAAUGACAACGCGCCCCGGUUUCCUCCUGGCGGGUACCAGAUCGCCAUCUCAGAGGACACAGAAGUCGGAGCCACAGUGGCAGCGCUGAAAGCCCAUGAUGCCGAUUCAGACGACAACGGGAGGGUUCACUACACCUUGCUGAGCCCCACAGAGAAGUUCUCCCUCCGCCCGCUCACAGGGGAACUGCUUGUCACUGGACGCCUGGACCGGGAAGCAGAACCUCAGUACGUACUCAAGGUGGAGGCCAGGGACCAGCCCAGGCAGGGCCACCAGCUCUUCUCUGUCACUGACCUGACUGUCACCUUGGAAGAUGUCAAUGACAACUCGCCCCAGUGCAUCACAGAAGUCAGUAGCCUGAAGGUCCCAGAGGACUUGCCCCCAGGAACCAUCCUAACAUUUCUGGAUGCCUUUGACCCUGACCUGGGCCCAGCGGGAGACGUUCGAUAUGUCCUGCUGGACGAUGCCCACGAGACCUUCCAGGUGAACCCGAUGACUGGCGCACUCAGUCUGGAGAAAGAGCUGGACUUUGAGAGGCAGGCUGGCUAUAAUCUGAGCCUGUGGGCCAGUGACAGUGGGAGGCCCUUGGCCCGCAGGACCCUCUGCCACGUGAAGGUGAUAGUCCUGGAUGUGAAUGAGAAUCUCCACCCUCCCAGCUUUGCCUCCUUUGUGCACCAAGGCCAGGUGCGUGAGAACAGCCCCCCAGGAACCCAGGUGAUGGUUGUGGCUGCCCACGAUGACGACAGUGGCUUGGACGGGGAGCUUCAAUACUUCCUGCGGGCUGGCACCGGUCUUACAACUUUUAGCAUCAACCAAGACACAGGACUGAUUCAGACUCUGGCACCGCUGGACCGGGAAUUUGUGUCCUGCUACUGGCUGACGGUGCUAGCAGUAGAUCGGGGUUCCAUACCCCUCUCUGCUGUAACUGAGGUCUACAUCGAGGUUACAGAUAUCAACGAUACCCCACCCCGCAUGUCCAGACCCGUGUUCUACCCCUCCGUCCGGGAGGACGCGCCCUUGCGCACUUCUGUGCUUCAGCUGGACGCCUGGGACCUGGACUCCAGCUCCAAAGGGAAGCUGACCUUCAACAUCACCAGUGGGAACCACCUGGGAUUCUUCGCUAUUCAUCCUCUCACAGGUCUGCUGUCCACGGCCCGGCAGCUGGACCGAGAGAACAAGGAUGAACACAUCCUGGAGGUGGCUGUGCUGGACAACGGGGAACCCCCACUACGGUCCACCUCCAGGGUGGUGGUGUGCAUCUUGGACGUCAAUGACAACCCCCCCGUGUUCUCCCACAAGCUCUUCAAUGUCCGUCUUCCAGAGAGGUUGAGCCUGGUGACCCCUGGGCCUGUGUACAGGCUGGUGGCUUCGGACCUGGAUGCGGGUCUCAAUGGACGGGUCACCUACAGUAUAGAGGAGAGCGACAAGGAGGGCUUCAGUAUCGACCCAGUCACGGGCGUGGUGUCAUCGAGCAGCACCUUCACAGCCGGAGAGUACAACAUCCUAACGAUCAAGGCAACAGACGGCGGGCAGCCUCCACUCUCAGCCAGUGUCCGGCUACACAUUGAGUGGAUUCCCCAGCCCCGGCCCUCCUCCAUCCUGCUGGCCUUUGACGAGCCCCACUACAGCUUUACAGUCAUGGAGACAGACCCCGUGAACCACAUGGUGGGGGUCAUCAGUGUGGAGGGCCGACCUGGCCUCUUCUGGUUCAACAUCUCAGGUGGGGACCAGGACAUGGACUUUGACAUCGAGAAGACCACGGGCAGCAUCGUCAUCGCCAAGCCUCUCGAUACGAGGAGGAGGUUGAGUUAUAAUUUGACCGUGGAGGUGACUGAUGGGUCCCACACCAUUGCCACCCAGGUCUAUAUCUUCAUGAUUGCCAACGUGAACCACCAUCGGCCCCAGUUUCUAGAAGCUCACUAUGAGGUCAGGGUUCCCCAAGACACACUGCCUGGGGUUGAGCUCGUCCGAGUCCAGGCCACCGAUGAAGACAAGGGCAAGGGCCUCAUCUACACCAUACACGGCAGCCAAGACCCAGAAAGUGCCAGCCUCUUCCAGCUGGACCCAAGCAGUGGUGUUCUGGUGACAGUGGGGAAAUUGGACCUGGGCUCAGGGCCCUCCCAGCACAUGCUGACAGUCAUGGUCCGAGACCAGGAGAUGCCCACCAAGAGGAAUUUUGUGUGGGUAUCCAUUCACGUGGAGGAUGGGAACCUCCACCCACCCCACUUCACCCAGCUGCACUACGAGGUGAAUAUUCCUGACACCACAGCCCUUGGCACGGAGCUGCUCCAAGUCCGAGCCCUGGACGGUGACCGGGGAGCCAACGCUGAGGUCCACUACUCCUUUCUGAAAGGGAACAGCAAGGGUUUCUUCAACAUCGAUGCCCUACUAGGCAUCCUCACGCUAGCCCAGAAACUCGAUCAGGCACACCCUGCCCGGCAUACUCUGACAGUGAAGGCAGAAGACCAAGGCUCCCCACGGAGGCAUGACCUGGCAACAGUGAUCAUUCACGUCCACCCUUCAGAGAACAGUGCCCCCAUCUUUUCAAAAGCCGAGUACUUUGUAGAGAUCCCUGAAUCCAUCCCUCUUGGUUCCCCAAUUCUCCUUGUCUCAGCUACAAGCUCCUCUGAAGUUACCUAUGAGUUACGAGAGGGAAACAAGGAUGGCGUAUUCUCCAUGAACUCAUAUUCUGGCCUCAUUUCCACCCAGAAGAACUUGGACCAUGAGACAAUUUCCUCUUACCAGCUGAAAAUCCGAGGCAGCAACAUGGCGGGCGCAUUUUCUGAUGUCAUGGUUCUGGUUUACAUCAUUGAUGAAAACGACAACGCCCCCAUGUUCUCAAAGUCGACCUUUGUGGGCCAAGUUAGUGAAGCAGCUCCCUUGUACAGCAUGAUCAUGGAUGAAAACAACAACCCCUUUGUGAUUCGUGCCUCUGACCGCGACGCAGAAGCUAAUUCCUUGUUGAUCUAUGAAAUUUUGGAGCAAGAGGCUUUGAAGUUUGUCAAAAUUGAUCCUAGGAUGGGAACGCUAACCGUCAUAUCAGAGAUGGACUACGAGAGCAUGACCUCUUUGCAAUUCAGCAUCUAUGUCCAUGACCAAGGAAGCCCCAUCUUAUUUGCACCCAAGUCUGCCCAGGUCAUCAUCUAUAUCAGAGACGUAAAUGACUCUCCUCCCAGGUUCUCAGACCAGAUAUAUGAAGUAACGAUAGUGAAGCCCAUCCAUCGGGGUAUGGAUCUCCUCAUGGUGUGGGCCAGUGACAAUGACUCAGAAGUCAAUUAUAGCAUCAAAACUGGCAAUGCUGAUGAAGCUGUCGCCAUUGAUCCCAUCAGGGGUCUCAUAUCUGUGUUGAAUCCUGAUCUCCUGGGACGCUCUCGGGAGCUCACCAUCCGGGCUUCUGAUGGCCUGUAUCAAGAUACCGCACUGGUAAAAAUUUCUUUGACACAAGCUCUUAACACAAGCUUACGGUUUGACCAGGAUGUCUACAGGGCAACAGUGAAGGAGAAUUCUCGGGACAAAAAGGCACUGGUGAUUCUUGGCGUCCAGGGAAAUCAUUUGAAUGACACUCUUUACUACUUCCUCUUAAAUAGCACAGAUAUGUUUUGUAUGGUCAAGUCAGCAGGCGUGUUGCAGACAAGAGGAGUGGCGUUUGACCGAGAACAGCAGGACACUCAUGAGGUAGCAGUGGAAUUGAGGGACAAUCGGACCCCUCAGCGGGUGGCUCAGGCUCUGGUCAGAAUCUCUGUUGAGGAUGUCAAUGACAAUCACCCUGAAUUUAACCAUCUGCCCUAUCACACAAUCAUCCAAGAUGGCACAGAGCCAGGGGAUGUCCUCUUUCAAGUGUCUGCCACUGACCAAGAUUUGGGAGUAAAUGGUGCUGUCACAUAUGCAUUUGCAGAAGAUUACACAUAUUUUCGAAUUGACCCCUAUCUUGGGGACAUAUCACUGAAGAAACCCUUUGAUUAUCAAGCUUUAAAUAAGUACCGCCUCAAAGUCAUUGCUCGCGAUGGAGGAACCCCAUCCCUCCAGACUGAGGAUGAGGUACUUGUCAUCGUCAGAAAUAAAUCCAACCCACUGUUUCAGAGUCCUUACUAUAAAAUCAGAGUGCCUGAAAAUAUCACACUCUAUACCCCAAUUCUCCACACUCAGGCCCGGAGUCCAGAGGGACUCCGGCUCAUCUAUAACAUUGUGGAGGAAGAACCCUUGAUGCUGUUCACCAUUGACUUUAAGACCGGUGUCCUAACAGUAACGGGCCCUUUGGACUAUGAGUCCAAGACCAAACAUGUGUUCACGGUCAGAGCCACAGACACAGCUCUGGGGUCAUUCUCUGAAGCCACAGUGGAAGUCCUGGUGGAGGACGUCAAUGAUAAUCCUCCCACCUUCUCGCAGUUGGUCUACACCACUUCAGUCUCAGAAGGUUUGCCCGCUCAGACCCCUGUGAUCCAACUGUUGGCUUCUGACCAGGACUCAGGACGCAACCGUGAUGUCUCCUAUCAGAUCGUAGAGGAUGGCUCAGAUGAUUCUAAAUUCUUCCAGAUCAAUGGGAGCACGGGGGAAAUGUCCACAGCUCGAGAGCUGGAUUAUGAAGCCCAACAGCACUUUCAUGUGAAGGUCAGGGCCAUGGAUAGAGGAGAACCCCCGCUCACUGGUGAAACCCUUGUGGUCGUUGGUGUGUCUGACAUCAACGACAAUCCCCCCGAGUUCAGGCAACCUCAAUAUGAAGCCAACGUUAGUGAGCUAGCAACCUGUGGACACCUGGUUCUCAAAGUUCAAGCUCUAGACCCCGACAGCAAGGACACCUCCCGCCUGGAGUACCUGAUUCUUUCUGGCAAUCAGGACCGGCAUUUCUCCAUGAACAGCUCAUCGGGAAUCAUUUCCAUGUUGAACCUUUGCAAAAAGCACCUGGACUCUUCUUACAAUUUGAGGGUAGGUGCUUCUGAUGGGGUCUUCCUAGCAACUGUGCCUGUGUAUAUCAACACUACAAACGCCAACAAGUAUAGCCCAGAGUUCCAGCAGCAUGUUUACGAGGCAGAAUUGGCAGAGAAUGCACAGGUAGGAACCAAGGUGAUUGAGUUGCUAGCCAUCGACCAAGACAGUGGUCCCUACGGCACUGUAGAUUAUACCAUCAUCAAUAAACUGGCAGGGGAGAAGUUCUCCAUAAACCCCCGUGGCCAGAUCACCACUCUGCAGAAAUUGGAUCGGGAAAACUCAACAGAAAGAGUCAUUGCUAUUAAGGUCAUGGCUCAGGAUGGAGGAGGAAGGGUGGCCUUCUGCACGGUGAAGAUCAUCCUCACAGAUGAAAAUGACAACGCUCCACAGUUCAAAGCCUCUGAGUACAUCGUGUCCAUUCAAUCCAAUGUCAGUAAGGACUUCCCAGUCAUCCAGGUGCUGGCCUAUGACGCAGAUGAAGGGCGAAAUGCAGAUGUCACCUACUCCAUAGACUCAAUCAAGGGCUUGGAUAAAAACAUCACUGAAAUCAACCCCACCACGGGUGUGGUCAAGGUGAAAGAGAGCCUGGUGGGAUUGGAAAAUCGGGCCUUUGACUUAAGAAUCAAAGCCCAAGAUGGGGGCCCUCCUCAUUGGAACUCUCUGGUGCAGUUACAGCUCUGGGUAGUUGCUAAUGAAGCAUCCUUGCCCAAAUUUUCUGAACCUCUGUAUACAUUCUCUGCAUCUGAAGACCUUCCAGAAGGGUCUGAAAUUGGUUCUGUGAGAGCCGUGGCAGCUGAAGAUCCAGUCAUCUACAGUUUAGUGCAGGGCACCACACCAGAGAGCAACAGGGAUGGUGUCUUCUCCUUGGACAAAAACACAGGGGUUCUAAAGCUGAGGAAGACCAUGGACUAUGAGUCCACCAAGUGGUACCAGAUUGAUCUGAUGGCACACUGUCCCCAUAAUGACACUUACUUGGUUUCCUUGGUAUCUGUCAACAUCCAAGUGAAGGAUGUCAAUGACAAUAGGCCUAUAUUUGAGGCUGAUCCAUAUAAAGCUGUCCUCACUGAGAAUAUGCCAGUGGGAACCACAGUCAUUCAAGUGACGGCCAAUGACCAGGACACUGGGAAUGAUGGCCAGGUGAGUUACAGGCUGCCCGUGGACCCCGACAGCAAUAUCCAUGAGCUCUUUGCCAUUGACAGUGAGACUGGCUGGAUCACCACACUCCGGGAACUUGAUUGUGAGACCCACCAGACCUACCACUUUUAUGUGGUGGCCUAUGACCAUGGCCGGACCACCCAGCUGUCUUCUCAGGUCCUGGUUGAAGUCUCCAUUACAGAUGAGAAUGACAAUGCUCCCCAAUUUGCUUCUGAAGACUACAGAGGAUCUGUGGUUGAGAAUAGUGAACCUGGUGAACCUGUGGCCAUUCUUAAAACCUUUGAUGCUGAUAUCUCUGAGCAGAACAGACAGGUCACCUGCUAUAUCACAGAGGGAGACCCCUUGGGCCAGUUUGGCAUCAGCCAAGAUGGAGACGAGUGGAGGAUUUUCUCGAGGAAGACCCUCGACCGUGAGCACAUAGCCAAGUACUUGCUCAGAAUCACAGCUUCUGAUGGCAAAUUCCAGGCUGCGGUCAAUGUGGAGAUCUUCGUCCUGGACAUCAAUGAUAACAGCCCUCAGUGCUCACAGCUUCUCUAUACCGGCAAAGUCAAUGAAGAUAUAUCUCCAGGACACUUCAUUUUGAAAGUUUCUGCAACAGACGUGGACUCUGAUAUCAAUGCUCAGAUCACAUAUUCUCUGCAUGGUCCUGGAGCAGAUGAAUUUAAGCUAGAUCCUCAUACAGGGGAGCUGACCACACUCACAGCCCUAGACCGAGAGAGGAAGGAUGUGUACAGCCUUGUUGCCAAGGCAACGGAUGGAGGCGGCCAGUCUUGCCAGGCGGACGUGACCCUCCACGUGGAGGACGUGAAUGACAACGCCCCCCGGUUCUCCCCCAGCCACUGCGCUGUGGCUGUCUUCGACAACACCACAGUGAACACCCCGGUGGCAGUGGUACUGGCCCGAGAUCCCGACCAAGGCGCCAAUGCCCAGGUAGUUUACUCUCUGACGGACUCUGCGGAAGGCCACUUUUCCAUCGAGGCCAACACAGGCGUGAUUCGGCUGGAGAAGCCGCUGCGGGUCAGGCCGCAGGCGGCACUGCAGCUCACCGUCCGCGCCUCUGACCUGGGCACCCCACUCCCGCUGUCCACGCUGGGCACCGUCACGGUCUCUGUGGUGGGCCUGGAAGACUACCUGCCCAUGUUCCUGAACACCGAGCACAGCGUGCAGGUGCCCGAGGACGCCCCACUUGGCACAGAGGUGCUGCAGCUGGCCACCCUCACGCGCCCGGGCGCCGAGAAGACCGGCUACCGCGUGGUCAGUGGCAACGAGCAGGGGCGGUUCCGCCUGGAUAGCCGCACAGGGAUCCUGUACAUCAACAGGAGCCUAGAUUUUGAGACAAGCCCCAAGUACUACCUGUCCAUCGAGUGCAGCCGGAAAGGCUCUUCCUCCCUCAGUGACAUGACCACAAUCGUGAUCAACAUCACUGAUACCAACGAACACCGGCCCAGAUUCCCCCAGGCUCUGUACAGCACGCAGGUCUUAGAGAAUGCCGUCGUGGGUAAAGUUGUGCUCACAUUGUCAGCUACUGAUAAAGAUGGACCCCUAAAUAGUGACAUCACCUACAGCCUGGUAGGAGGGAACCAGCUCGGGCACUUCUACAUUCACCCCAAGAAGGGGGAGCUACAGGUGGCCAAGGCCCUGGAUUGGGAGCAGACUUCUAGCUAUUCCCUGAGGCUCCGAGCCACAGACAGCGGGCAGCCCCCCCUGCACGAUGACACAGAUGUCACUGUCCGCGUGAUUGACGUCAAUGAUAACCCACCGAGAUUCUUCCAGCUCAAUUACAGCACCUCUGUCCAGGAGAACUCCCUCAUCGGCAGCAAAGUCCUGCAGCUGGUCCUGAGCGAUCCAGACUCCCCAGAGAAUGGCCCCCCCUACUCAUUUCAAAUCACCAAGGGGAACGAUGGCUCUGCCUUCCGAGUGACCCCAGAUGGAUGGCUGGUGACCGCCAUGGGCCUGAGCAGGAGAGCCCAGGAAUGGUAUCAGCUUCAGAUCCAGGUGUCAGACAGUGGCGUCCCUCCCCUCUCAUCUUCCACGUCGGUCAGAGUUCACGUCACAGAGCAGAGCCACUACCCGCCCUCUGCCCUCCCACUGGAGGUCUUCAUCACCGUCGGGGAGGAGGAGUUCCAGGGCGGCCUGGUGGGCAAAAUCCAUGCUACAGACGGAGACCCGCAGGACACGCUGACCUACAGCCUGGCAGCAGAGGGGACCCUGGGGAAGCUCUUCUCAGUGGGCGCAUCUGAUGGCACGAUUAUCGCUGCCCGGGGACUGCCUCGUGGCCGCUAUACUUUCAACGUCACGGUCAGCGAUGGGACCUUCACAACCAGUGCUGGGGUCCACGUCCAUGUGUGGCACGUGGGGCGGGAGGCUCUGCAGCAGAGCAUGUGGAUGGGCUUCCAUCAGCUCACCCCAGAGGAGCUGGUGAGCGAUCACUGGCGGAACCUGCAGAGGUUCCUCAGCAACAAGCUGGACAUCAAACGAGCCAACAUCCACCUGGCCAGCCUUCAGCCUACAGAGGCCAUGGCUGGGGUGGAUGUGCUCCUGGUCUUUGAGGGGCAUUCCAGAACCUUCCAUAAGAUGCAGGAGCUGGCAACCAUCAUCACUCGCUCAGCCAAGGAGAUGGAGCACUCGAUGGGAAUUCAGAUGAGGUCAGCUAUGCCUGUGGUGCCCUGCCAUGGGCCAAGCUGCCAGGGUCAGCUCUGCCAAGAGACAGUGCAACUGGGCCCCAGGGUCGGGCCCACGUACAGCACCGCCAGGCUCAGCAUCCUAACCCCGCGGCACCGCCUGGAGAGAAACUGCUCCUGCAACGGUACAGCCGCAAGGUUCAGCGGUCAGAGCUUCGGGCGGUACAGUCUCCCAGAGGCUCAGAACUGGCACGUCCGUUUCCGUCUGAAAACACUCCAGUCACAGGCCAUGCUCCUGUUCAGCAAUGGGACAGUGUGUAUCGCCCUGAAGCUGGUUAAUGGAGUGCUCCACCUGGAAUACCAUUGCCCUGGUGGUUUCUAUGGAACUCUUGCCUCCUGGCGCCACGUGAAUGACCAAGAGUGGCACUCCAUUCUGGUGAAGGAGACGGACACUUCCAUUCGCCUGAUGGUGGAUGGCACAGGCAACGACUCCCUUGUGCUCCCAGAGAACUGCCAGGGUCUGAGGCCUGAGCGAGACCUCUUUCUGGGCGGCCUUGUCCUCUCGCAUUCUCCCCCAAAUGUCUCUCAGGGCUUCGAAGGCUGCUUGGAUGCGGUCAUGCUCAACGGAGAGGCACUGGAGCUGCUGGCCCACGGCAGGAAGGCAGCAGGCUUGCUGGAGAGGCAGGCUCUCACCCAGUGCUGCUUCCCCAGUGACGACUGCAGCCAGAACCCCUGUCUCAAUGGUGGGACGUGCUCACAGGCCCACGAGAAAGGCUAUGUCUGCACGUGUCCCCCACAGUUCUCUGGGAAGCACUGUGAACAAAGAAAAGAGAACUGCACUUUGGCACCCUGCCUGGAAGGUGGAACUUGCAUCUCCUCCCCUGAGGGAGCCUCCUGUAGCUGCCCUCACCCUUAUACGGGAGACAGGUGUGAAAUGGAAGCAAGGGGCUGCUCAGAAGGACAUUGCCUCGUCACCCCUGAGAUCGAAAGGGGGGACUGGGGCCAGCUGGAGAUUCUGAUCAUCAUAGCGGCCCUACUGUUCACCAUUAUGAGCACCGUGGGGCUUUUCUUCUACUGCCGCCGUUGCAAGUCUCACAAGCCCGUGGCCAUGGAAGACCCAGACCUCUUGGCCAGGAGUGUUGGUGUUGACACCCAAGCUAUGCCCGCCAUUGAGCUCAACCCCCUGAGCACCAGCUCCUGCAACAAUCUGAACCAACUGGAGCCCAGCAAGACGUCAGUUCCGAACGAGCUGGUCACUUUUGGACCCAGCUCUAAGCAGCAGCCCGUGGUCUGCAGUGUGCCUCCCAGACUGCCACCAGCCGCAGCCCCUGCCCGCGCUGACAAUGAGCCCGUCAUUAAGAGGACCUGGUCAGGCGAGGAGAUGGCCUACCCAAGUAGAGUCACGGUCUGGCCCCCUACUUACUCCAGGAACGAACGCUGGGAACACCCCCACUCGGAAGUGACCCAGGGCCCUCUGCCGCCCUCACCUCACCACCACCAGACCCCAGCUGUGAUGCCGGAACCCACUGGCCUCUACAGGGGUUUCCCCUUCCCACUGGUGCUGGAAAACAAGCGGGCACCUCUCCCACCCCGUUAUAGCAACCAGAACCUGGAAGAUCUGAUGCCCCCACGGCCCCCCAGUCCCCGGGAGCGCCUGCUGGCACCCUGUCUCAAUGAGUACACAGCCAUCAGCUACUACCACUCCCAGAUCCGGCAGGGAGGGGGAGGGCCCUGUCUGGCAGAGGGGGACUAUAAGGGGGUGAGUAUGCGCCUCAGCAGGGCCGGACCCUCUUAUGCCGACUGCGAGGUGGGGGGUGGGCUUCCCACAGGCCAGGGCCAGCCCCAGGUCCCCCCCAACUACGAGGGCUCUGACAUGGUGGAGAGUGAUUACGGGAGCUGUGAGGAGGUCAUGUUCUAGCUGUCCUCAGAGGGAGGCAGGUGGGAGGCCAGUGACCUGGCCCCUUCCUCCUGUCUUAUAGGCCGUGAGUGGAGCGUGGCUGGGAAAGUGGGAGGGAAGCCCCCAUGCCCAGGCCAGGCUGCCAUACCUUGAAAUGUGCUCUUCCAGACCCCUAGCUAGUCCCUGAGGAUAGAGGGAAGCUGAGGGUAGAGCUCCAGAAACAGCACUAGGGCCCCCAGCAGAAAGGGGAUGCACAGAGCAGUUACCUUGGAAAACUAGGAAAAACUGACUCUUGAUAAGGGCAAGAGGCAGCGUGUCUUAUUGAUCUGUCAUCUCUCAGUCCCUAGCGAGGCAGGGCCUGAACUACUGGGUCAGCUGUGUCAGGGUGCAUUGUUACACCUGCCCACCGCUCCAUUCUGGAGGCAGAGGCAGAUUCGUGCCUCACAGGCGGCCAUUCCACCCGCUAUAGAGAGGAGGUCCUAGGGUCGCUGACCCGGGAGCGCCACAGGGUGUCCUCCUAGGGGCUGGGAGGUGAGCAGCAGGCGAGCAGUUACCAAAAGUCACCUAUGCACCCUGCCUCAUUCGUACAUCCGUUGCAGCAUCUGCUCCCUGUCAAUCACAGUGCUGGGCACUGGGGAUAAGAUGAUGAAUGAAGGCCACAAGGUACCUGAGGAGCAUCACUUGGCCUCAGUCUUCGUGAGGUCCUACUCCUCGAAUUCAGAUUCCAACCAAGCAGCGUGCUCUGCCUCUUUAAGUCACAGGACUUUCUACCAGUCAGGGCCGGCCAGGAUUCACGCAGCCCUGGACCUUCUUUGGUAAAGAAUUCAGACCUCAUGGAACUCUGGGUUCUUCAUCCCAAGUUUCUCAAGCACUUUGGGCCAAAGGCAGGAAAGACAUAAUUCUUCAUUUUUAAAAUUCUUAGGCACUUUUCAACCUUGCUGUCGGGAUGCGUUGCCCCAAGGGGAUUUUUCUUCCCUAGACGCAAGGAACUCAGAAUGUCCAUUCAGGGCAGGGUGGAGACAGGGCGCCACAUAGCAGAGUGUUCAGACUGGACACCCAGCCCCUGCCUGCCCUCCCGUCUCAGACACCUGCCAAUCUAAGUAUUACCUACAGUGACUCCGCCCUAUGCAUGGAGGGUCAAUGUGGGCACGUGUCUACACAUGUGGGCGCCUGUGUAUAGUGUGUGUGUACACAUGUGUAGAACGUAUGUAGCCAGGAGUGGCAGGGACCAGAGAAUUCCGGUGGCCUCGCCACUCCCUAGCCUGCCAAUCCCUCUCUCCGGUCCAUUGCCUUUUCAUGUGUUGUUUCUGGAGACAAAAGUCAAAAGGAAGAACAAGAGACUCUCACCCACAGGGUUGCUGCUUACAGCGAGAGGGAGCUGUGUGGGUGAGAGCAUAUUUGUGUGAGUGCUUAGCGGCUGUGUGUGCGCCUGUGAGUGUGAAUGACAAAUGACGGGGUGCAUGGUUUCAUGGUCAUUUUUUUUUUUUUUUAACAAUAAAGUAUCUUUUUUUACUGUUA